UCGUGCCGGAGUAGGACGGGGCACAGACACACACACAGCGAGCUGCCGGCCGCCUUCCGUUCGCCAGUUGCCUCCUUUGUUGCCCCGACUUCGUUGACGGCCCACUGUGGACACGCGUGUGCGAUAGCGUGCUUAGGGCCACGGCGUGCUCUGCCGCCGCCGCGGCGGCUUGACGCGUCCCGGGACGUCCUGCCCUUGCCGUACGAAGCCACGCGGCCGCGAUGGCGGACGCCGGCCAGUUCCCCGGCGGAUAGCUCUCUCAAGCAGAUGCGCCCCCCCGCCUGGCCAUGAGUGAGCGGCAGCCGACGACGGCGCUGCACGGCGGGCCCUUCGAGCCCGGGCCGCCGCAGGGCCCCGCGCCGGGGCCCGGGCCGCCGGCGCUGCUGACGGCCCAGGACAGCUGGAUGGUGGGCGGACCACCGUACCAGCUGCUAGCAGCGCCGCAAGAGUUCGGGCCCUUCGCGCCCCCGCCGCAGUUCGAGUCGCAGUUCAACAAGGUGUGCUUCCCUUUCCCGCCGGGCUUCGGCUUCGCGCCCAAGGAGCCCGACGACGGCAAGGACGAAGGCCUGACGGCGCGGCUGCUGGACAAGCCCGGCGACGGGUCGUCGCCGAGGGCCGGCACGCCCGCCGCCGGCGGCGUCGGCUACCGGCCCUGGGAGCAGGAGGGCUUCGAGGGCGCGCGGCCCGGCGACAAGGACCAGCGUCCGUUCAGCAACGGCCAGGACAAGGGCAGCGGUUCUCCGGGCCUGGGCUCCCAGGACAGCUCGCAGUCUAGCGAGCGCAUGCCCACACCCGUGGACAAGAUGGCAUCGCAGCACCCGGCGCCGCCGUUUCCGAUGCAGCAUCAUCCCUUCGCCGACUUCCCCCCGCACCACGCGGUGUUCUUCGCGGCCGACAAGGGCUCCGGCGAAGAGCCGUCCUUCCAGGUGCCCUCCGUGUCGUCCACCACCACCAGGCACACGCUGCUGCAGCCCAUGGCGCCCGCCUCGCACGAGCCCUGGGCAGACCAGCGCAACGGCCUGGCGGCGCCCCCGCCGCCGGGCACGCCGGACGCCAUGGACAAGGGCACCAAGAAGAAACGCAAGCGCUGCGGCGAGUGCCCAGGCUGCCUCAAGAAGGAUAACUGCGGCGAGUGCGGGCCGUGCAGGAGUGUGCGCAGUCACCAGAUCUGCAAGAUGCGGAAGUGCGAUCAGCUCAAGACCAAAAAGGAGAAAGAGCGCUAUGAGAAGAUGAUGCAUCAGAUGCACGAAAGGCGUCGGGGCACACCAGAUGAAAAUAAAAAUAUGCAACAGGUAGCGAGCGCCAUUUGCGGAAGCGGGGUUGCCGGAAAAGACGGAAUGGCGUCGUCCCCCGGCGGCAGAAAUAAUCUCAACGGGAGGACGCUGAACGGCUCCACAACGCCGUACCUCCCGCAGGGAGUGCCGGAACACCUCGGGCACCCAGGGAUCGGUGGCUUUUCUGGCCACAGCGAGUACCAGCUGCCACCCACAGCCAAGAGUGGGACAGCGGGUGGCCCGAAUCAGAUGUACGAGUCUGGUCCUUCAUUUGGAACGUUUCCAGCCCAACACCCUCAAGUGGUGGGUGCUUUCAAUGGCCAUGUGCAGCAGCAGCAGCAACAGCAGCAACAGCAGCAGCAACAACAGCAGCAGCAGCAACAGCAGCAUGAUGGGCGCUUGCCCAUGGGCACUGAGGAGGCAGACUUCCCAACGCGUCACCAGAUGAUGAAUAAUCGCCUCAAGACUCUGAUUCAGACUAGGCAGAGCCAGAAGGAGCAAGGCCCUUUCCAGGGCUUAGAAAGUACUCUGGGUCCCGCUGGCAACUUUGUGCAUCCACAGCCAGCACAGCCCGUUCCUGACGAGCCCAUGGGUCACCAGCAGUUCAGCCGUCAGGCACCCCCGAAUGAGGUCGGCCCCUCGCGGAGCUUCCCUCCCUUGGCAAGGAGCAACAGCGGCAGCAGCAACAGUGGCAGCCAUUCUAAUGGCAAUGCUCGGCCACCUUCAUCGAGUGAGCUCCCAGCUGAGGCCUGGCACGAGGCGAACCCCUCUGUGGGGCAGGCACGUGGCCGGCCAGAGCUGCCCGAGUUUGCCAAGAAUGGGUCGUCAUCCCAAGGGAGCAACAACUCCGAAGCUGAGUUCUCCCAGCCUGAGGAUCAGAGUCGCGAGAGUGAGUUUGCUGACAGCAGUGCUGAAACAAACAACACACCCCGAGCCCCAAGCGGGCCUGCUGCUCCUACCAAUGGCAUGCUGCCAUAUGGGAAUUUCUAUGGGGCACCACCAGAGCAGUCAGAAUCCAAAGCGGAAGCGUGUGACAACAAGAAAACGACACCCGCUACAAGUGCACCACCUUCGUCAGAGGCAGACAUUCGUGGGGGUGCUCCGUACCACUACACUUCUGCAGCCUCCAUUGGCACGACGACGACGGCCAGCACAGUCGCCAGCCACCUUAAACAGCCCUGCAAUGGACCAGCCCCACCAUCGCCAUUCGCAGAGCGACAGUCACCACGGGCAGCCUUUCAGGGGGCUCCGCCAUAUGUGCCCCACUUAGUGCCGCCCAACCCUGUGCGUGGAAACGAGAGUGACUCCAGCCACCAGCAACCGCGCAGUGAGAGUGAGCCAACUACGGAUGCAGUGCAGCAGCCUUUUUUAUCGAAUACGACCACAUCUAUGAGUACAUAUACAAGUAUUAUCAGUACAUAUAACAGCUUCGCCACUUCGUGCGCUCCUUCCUACCUAGCGGAGCAGCCGCCCCACCACCACCACCAGCAGCUGACUGCGGCGGGGGGGUCCAAGUUUGGUGGUGACGGUGCCCAAGAUGGGGCGGCUCGGGCGGGAGGGGUGCCCGACGUAGAUGCUGGUCGUAUUGCUGCUGUGGGCGAAUUCCGAGGACUGGAGUUGGGCCUGGCGCCUCUUGGAGGGCCGCCACCCCCUCACUUUGGGGGAUUUGCUGAAGGGCCCCUAGGCUAUGCGGGCCCCCCUUUCCCUCUGCCCCCCAUGGGCCCACCUGGGGCAUCUUUUGCCACCCUUAAUCUGCCAGGUGCCGAUCCCUGGUGGGAGCGACUUGAGCGACUGCGGAGCAAUGCCAAGGCAGAGCCCCCCGCCUGCGACUGCCUGUCGCCUGAAGAUGCUCCACCUCUGGACAAGUCACCCUACUACACUCACCUUGGCUCUGGGCCAACUGUAGCUGCAAUUAGGGAAAUGCUUGAGCGCAGGCUGAAUGAGACGGGCAGUGCACUACGAAUCGAGAAAGUGCUGUACACUGGGAAGGAGGGCAAGACAAGCCAGGGGUGCCCGGUGGCCAAGUGGGUGAUUCGGCGCAGCGGUCCCAAUGAGAAGGUGCUGGCCGUACUGCGGCAUCGGCAAGGUCAUCGCUGCCUGUCAGCCUAUAUUGUCAUGGCCAUCGUCGCAUGGGAGGGUGUCCAUGCAGACAUGGCUGACGACCUCUAUCGCACAGUUGUCCAUAAAACAGUCAACUUCGGCUUCCCCACUCAGCGUCGCUGUGGCACCAAUGAGCAACGAACAUGUGCAUGUCAAGGAGCAGACUCUGAAAACUGUGGAGCAUCCUUUUCGUUUGGCUGCUCAUGGAGUAUGUACUACAAUGGCUGCAAGUAUGCAAGGAGCAAAUCUGUUCGGAAGUUCAAGCUUUCGGAACAGUCUGAAGAACAGGAGCUUGAAGAGAAGCUGCAGCAAUUGGCUACUGAUAUGGCUCCUCUGUAUGCUAGAGUUGCACCAGAAUCGUACAAGAACCAGACCGAGUUCGAGUCCGAGGGUAUAUCAUGUAGGUUGGGUCUGAAGCCAGGAAGGCCAUUUUCUGGAGUCACAGCCUGCGUGGACUUUUGCGCCCAUUCUCACAAAGAUCUGCACAACAUGAAUAAUGGCUGCACUGUUGUUGUGACGUUGACAAAGCACCGUGGUUUUGAGAAGGGUGACGAUGAGCAGCUGCACGUGCUUCCAUUGUAUGUACUUGAUGCAACUGAUGAAUAUGGGAAAAAAGAUGGAUUUUACGAGAAGGUAAAAGCAGGAUCAUUGGAAGUGCUCACCAAAUAUCACACGACAACUAGGAUACGUAAAGUACCUUUGGGACCCUGCAAGAAACGUGGACGAAAAGAAAAGAACCCUGAUGAGGCAGCACAUGCAAUUCAGCAAAACUUAAACUCAGAGGCACAGACAGAUGAAGGGUAUGCAUCACAGACAAUGCCAUCACCAGUCUUCAGUCCCAAUUUUGAAGCACCAUCCUACCACAGAUCUCCUUUCGAAGAGAAGUACAAAUCAGGUGUGCCUCAAGUGAAGCAUGAAUCGGAGCUUGGGAACCCCAGGCUUGAGAUUCCCAUGGGCCCCUUUCGAUCUCAGCAGCAGUCUAGUUUUCAUUCUACUACUAGUGAGCCUCCUACCGCCAAGUCCUAUGGUACAUGUGCCCCAGGGUACAAAGUGAAAAAUGAAUUUUUGCCACCCAUGUCUUGCCAGUAUGAUACAUCAGCGCCAGAAGGCAGUUUCUCUCUGCAGAAACCAAAUUCUCCUUGUGCUGAAUCUCAUGUUCCUUGUCCAGGCAAAGAUGACAUGAAAGUGGUGGUCAAAAAGGAAAAUUCCAGCGAAGCCUGCAUUCAGAGUACUCUGGACAAAGGAGGCCAAGUAUUAAAUAAAACCUCAGGUAUGCCUCAAAUCUUGUCACCUCAUACUUCUGAAAGAACACAUCAUACAAAGGAUUCCAGUCCAUUUAAUCAGCCAUAUCUUCAGCCCCAACAAGAUCUUGCCUAUGGGAACCCUUACUUUACGGGAAAUUACUCACAGCAAGGAACACAAAAGAUGGCAGGUCUUUGUACCAUCCCCCAGAGCCCCAUGAUGACUACCAUUCCGGACACUCCUCCUGAGGAUCAUCAUUUGGCUAUGAACUAUUAUAAGUACAGGAUGGUUGACAGGUACCACUAUCCAAGCUACUUGCCACACAGUGGGCAGGAUGGCCCCCCUGUGGAAGGCCACAGCAUCGACCACCUGCAGAACUUGGCUUCGGUUUCCAACCACCACCUGCAGAACCUCGAAUUGGGCCGUCCCAGUGGAGGCCACGCUGUCUACUCGCCAUUUGUGGAUAGAAGUGCUUCCAUGCCAUCUUACCAUCAUCAGUCUCUAAGCGCCACAUUCAGCCCCAUCUCCCAGACUCCGUCCCAGGGUGUUAUGCUUCCACCAUCGUAUGUCCCGCAGGCGGUAUCUCCACACAUCACUCGAAAUGCUGGUUACGGUGCACCUGGCUUUUCCAGAAGUGGCAGCUUCCUACCUUCACCUCAUGAAACAUUUCCACCUCAUCCCAGUCCUCCAGUGACUCCUAUGACGCCGCCAAGCACACCGAGGCUGACUGAACUGAACCCUGUGCGAAUGGACUCGCCACUUCACAUGCGGUCCCCAUACUACAUGGCUGGCAGCUUUGGCAUGCCCGUUGAUCCACCCUACGGAGCCGCAAGGAGCCACAGUCAGGGUGCCCCCUUUCCCCAAGCGCCCUACAUGGACGCAGCAGCGUGGGCCUCCGACCGUGACUACAGUGCAGGCUUCCAAGGCCCGUAUUAUGCACCUCGUGGUCAGUGCUUCCCAGCAGCAGUCACACCGCCAAAAGACUAUGGCAUGCAGACACCCCCUGUUGCAGGUCCAACACGCCUGCCUGCAGGUCUUGCGACACCACCGCCGCAAAGCCGUUGCAUGCAGGAGCGUUCCAGUGUGCUUCCGCCCUUCAAGAACACCUUCAUGCCAGCGCAGACUGCACCAAAUGGCUUUGAGCGGCACUUGCAGACAUUUCGUUCUGUCAUGGAGGAUGCUCAGAGAAGCCAACCAGUUGGCCCUCCACGGCUUGCACCUCGCCCAGCUAGUCACGAGGGCCUCCCUAGGGUAGACAUACCCAAGGCUGAGGAGGAAGGCAUCUAUGAAGUUGACUCAGACAACGAAGCUGUGUUCCAGGAUCCAGAAAUUGGUGGUGUGGCCAUUGCCCUUACACAUGGGUCGGUAUUAUUUGAGUGUGCUAAGCAUGAGCUCCACGCUACCACUGCGCUCCGACGGCCCGACCGCAAGAACCCCACCCGCAUCAGCCUUGUCUUUUAUCAGCACAAGAACCUUAACUUCAGGAACCAUGGCGAGGAAGAGUGGGAGAAAAAGAUGGAGGUUCGCAAGCUGGAGAAGGCUAAUGGAGAACGGCCAUCUAAGAAAAAAGCCAAACUCUCCUCUGAAAGGUUGGAUGAGGAUGGGUUCCCUACGUCGGCGCUGCGGCCAGCUGACCAGGCACAGUCCUGGGAGGGACCCCAUGUGCCCCUGCCCUCAUUUUUUGCCAUCAACCCAUACCAGAAGUGUUUCUAGUUUGGCCCAGACAGGAGUGCACUGGGAAGCUUCUAGUGUGCCAGCCGAGAAUUCACACAACAUAAGUCUCAAACAAAGGUAUAGUCAGUCGCAGAAAUGUGUGCAUGAUGUGAGGAGCUACUGCUGUGCAGUUUCUCAGCGUUCUUGGGCAGCACAAUGCACUCGUCUUUGCAACUUGUUUUUCACUCGUGUAAAUGGCGUUUGUACUGCUGGCUACCGAGUGAUGAGGCCAGCUCCCCACAACAUGCUUACAGGUUCUGUGUCUGCUUGCCUGGGACAGAUGAAAUGCAGGUGCUGCAAACUGGUAUUUUUUGGCCUUGAUUUUUACUGCAGGAUGAAUUCUACUUUAGAGGCUACUAAUAUGAAAGAUUUUAAAUCAUAUCAAAUGCAGGGAAUGGAAAAAGUACUAUUUUUGAUUAUCAAAUUGAAUUCCCAUGAAUAUUUAUUUCUAUACAGCCGAGGAAAAAAGGCAGUGGGAGCAGGGAGGUAAAGAAAUGUGAUUAUCAGAAAGUUUGACUGCCCAUGUUAUAUGUACUGCUAUUUACAAAAUAGCAGAACAUCAGUCAUUAGUUGGCAGCACUAAUAGUGACAUCUCAUAGAAAGAAAACUAAAACACAUUAGAAAUAUUUGUAGGCCGCAUGGCUGUCCUUGUCUAGGAAAAGCACAUGCAGUAUAUAACCUACUAUCAUUGUAAUAAUUGUUCUGCACACUCUGAUUGAACUCAGUGUCACAAAAAACUUUGGCGCUAGUGCUGCUUCUCACCUCUUCAUCCUCGAUACUUUGGUAUAUUGUAGAUGGUGGUACAUAUGUGAAUGGGCUAUAGAUCCGUACUAUUGUCCACCAGUACGCUUAGUGCUGUCUAUGAGUGAAAGUCUGCUAAUAGGCCACGUGUGUGUGUGACAGGUGGAGCAAAACUUAAUAUUUUACGCAAUGCAACAUAUUGAGAAUGAGUGAUUAUUCAGAAAUAUUGUAUGUCAUAAUCUUACUAAAUAUGAAUAGGAUAACAAAAAGCAUUCAGGUAGUAUCAAGAAGUGAGGAAUACAGGCAGAAGGGUAAGUGGCUUAAUAUAUAAGCUGAAGUGUGCUUGCUUUUCCAAUUGUCAUCUCUUUAUCUUCAUGGAAAAUAUCUUCAUAAUUUAAUUUCUUCCACUGACCUCUACAGGAAGGUAUUUGCCAAUCUGAUAUUUUCCUUCAUAACGUUAAGUCUUUAACAGGCUAGCACAUAUAUUUGUUUUUCUCUUUGCUGAAGGUCGUUUCUGGUCAAAAGUUUUAAAUGAGUUUUCAUUACGAACUGGAAGUGAAGUUGUUUUUAUGCUUUAUCAUGACUGAUUGUCUAAAUAGAUACAGAAGUCCGAAGGUUUUUAUUGUUGGAUUAGCUGCAAAAAAAGCACAUACUUUCACAUCUAUUUGAUAUAAUUGAUGAAAGUUUACUUGCAAAAGCAAGCCUUUGUUUUCGUAUGUAUGGCCCACAUUUUCGUAAUUUAAUUCCGUAUUGCACCUUGGAAGAGGUCUCGAUGUUGUUUGUAAUGCCAUACUGAAGCCAGUGUCUUAUACAUAUUUUUCAUAGCAUUUGCUUUCGCAGUGUCUAUCAUCUGUAUUUCAGGCCUCACAGAGGAGCUUUUAAAGUUUAACAUUAUGACGUUGUCCUGCAGUAUUAUGAACUGCUUUCCUUUCCCAAGCUUGAUCCUUUUCAUUUCUUGUUAGCUGCAGAUCUGAGAAGGCUUAUUUUCCUGUGCUCUUGUUGCCAUGCAGCCAGUUCCAAGUGCCCCCUUCAUGCUCACUGUACAGAAGGUAGACAGAAAUACAGUAGCUUGCCCAAAAGUUCACAUAGUUCAGCUUUGGGGUGUCCACUUUGUGUGUAGCGGGCGAGGAGGAGACAAGUGGUGCCAGCAUGUGACGGCUGCGAGGCAAGCAGAAGGCACAUAAAAACAUUCUCAACAUUUUUGCUGCCUGACGUGACAAGGUUGCAUUGCUAACAAAGUAGGCACAGUUACCAUCUCCUUAAAGGGGCCCUGCAACACGGUUCGAGCAUGGUGAGGAAAUGCUGCCGAUCGGUAGUUGAAGCUAUCAUGAACAUGCGAGCCAAAUAUUAAUGCAAUAGUAUUAAGGAGCUUGUUUCGCAGAAAUUCCAGUGCCAGUAUCGGCGUCGUUGGUUGUGAGCGAAAAAUCAGCGCUGUCCGUGAGUGAAAAUUCGAAAUAGAAGCAAAUAAAUAAAUCAUAAAAAUCUUCUGUUCGAGUGAGAAUCGAACCCACGACUUCACGUGGCAAGCAGAGCCACGCCCGUGCUUGAAACUGUUUCGGUAAAAACCCCAUACAAAUGUCAUUUAGUGCGAGAAACCUCCUUAACGUGUGUAAUAUCAGAUUGCAGAAGCGUAGAAUCGACCAGGUGUUAAAACAUGUGAAUUGCAGAACGAGUGGUUGAUUGAAAGAUCCACCAAUUGCAAAGCGUGCAGGCAUAACUAAUCAUCAUUAUCAGCAGCAGCAUCAACCAAGUGUGCUGCUGUGCAAGUGCACAUGUUGUUUUAUGGACACCUAGUGGGUGCUUUGACAAUUCGUAGAAGGAAGAAUAAUGGUGUAGUGGGCCCUUCAUAACUGUACUUGCAGUACGCAUUCCAGGAUAGUUUGAAACGGCCAAUGCUAUGCACACAGACGUUCCUUUUCUUGCGGCACGGUGUCCACUGAGAAGCGAAGCAGGCUAGCGAUUCAGAAGACGAUGCAAACGGGGCCUGAUUACGCUAUCGCGCUCUGCUCUUAAAGGCGAAGUUCAAGCGUCCUCCAAAUUUUUCUAGCACUGCACGCGGUAAGGAAUUUACAAUCAUGUUUCACACAGCUAGAGGUCCCUCACACUUCUCUCACCGAAUACCAUGAUAGACUGGCCCGACCGACUAUGUCACAGGUGGAAAGACAUGGCCAUUGGCUGAUCUCAGCAUUUUUUGUGCUGCAUAGUUACCGCAGCCACCAUGGGGUGCUACGUACCUGCAGCACGGUCUAUAGUGCUUGAAUUACACUCCAACAUGCUCGCGAUUAUGCUAAAUAUGAGCCGAUGCAUUUAAAGAAAAAAAAAAGUGCUCAUGGUCACGAUGUGUACUGACGUAGCUUCUUGCCCCUUUGUCGUCUCCCCCUGUCAGCUGUCAGCGCACUCAUUGAAACGAAAGGAACUCGACGGAUUCGAAAAAUUUUUGUGACAAUUGAUUUGCGAGGCAAUAGAGUAAGAUAGUGAGGUCAUUCGAUGAUUACUUGGAAAAGUGCCACAGGUCCCUUUAACAAACUUUAAACUCUUGAGAUCAGGUAUUUUCAUGCAGCUAAAGCUAGGACAUUGGGAAUGCUGUCACGAACCAAGCUCAUGUGUUGAGCUGUCCAUGUAUAGGAAACAGUGGAAACAAACCAUUUUCUGCACUAAAGAACAUCGAAUGUUGUUAAAAACAAGCAAAUAUAAAUGCGCUCCUCUAGCUUUUAAAAUUAUUUAUUGAAGCACGUGAUAUGCAGGAUCUAGUAUUAGGUAAAGAGCCAUUUUCACUGGUGUAAACCACUUUUGCAAUAAAUUUCAUUAGUUUUUAGGCCGAUGAAAGGCACUUGUGUACUGAGCUUACAGUGCACAGUAAAUAACCUCACAUGGUCAAAAUUAUUCCCAGAACUUGCACUAUAGCAUUUCUCAUAACACCUUUGUUGCUUUGGGGCACUGAAGAGCAUGAAUUAAUCAUUUAGGUUGAACACCAUUUAAUAAUUUAAAAAAAGAGGAUUUUCAGCAGAAAAUACUGAGAUGGACACCAAGAAAAAAGACACACAACACAGCAUUGGACUAGCAACUGAAUAAUAUAGCAGGACAGUACAGAAGAGGCAGUGUUUAAUCCUGCUUGUCACACUAAUAUUGUGUUUUUUAAUAAUUUCCAUUACAUCGAUAUUUUAAGAAAAAAUCUGAGGUGCCAAUGCUCAAAAUUUUAGACCUUAGCCAUAUGUGAUAGUGAACAGUCAUGCAUCAGUGCACCACCAUGUGAUAUAGAUCAUUGGCACAACAAAAGGAAUUUGCACUGCCUCUUUUGUGCUGUUUCAUCUGGUAUAUUUAUGUGGCAGACUGAUUAUUCAGUGUUCAGUUUAUAGUCCAGUUGUGUGUUGCAUCUUUUUUCCUGGUAUCCAUGCCAUUGCUUUUUACUGCAAACCAUUCUGUGAUGUGCAUCCAAUGAGCUCAAAGACAAAAAAAAUAGUUCAGUGCCUAAGAGUAGGCUUGCUUUGUGUAAAACUAUUAGCAGACUUUACUCAUAAACAAAAAUCUUUUGAUCAGUUUGAUUCUUUCAAGCACCCAGCAGUUCAAAUUGUUGGUUAAUUCAAUUAAGCCUUGCAGCACUACCUGCUAGCCUCUUGGUUAAGACAGUUGAUAAAAUGACUCACUGUUUAGGUGCGAUAGUGGUCCAAUUCACUUUUCCAGACCAGACCAAGCUCCUUCCUCAGCUACAAAGUUUGUUCCUCAAAGAAUCAAGUGACUCCCUAUGCUGCAGUGAGGCAGAAGAGAACUCUUCCUUUUGCAGGCUACUAUCUGAGCAAGCAUUCUCACGCUGCACAUUAUUAGUGCGAAUGUAACAAUCCAGAGUAAUCAAGGUCACUUUGUUUCACCAUAUGAAGCACUAAUCAAAGGAAUAACUUUUAAUCUGCACAAUACUGUGCAGCUCAUUUAUUAUGUGCUGUGGUUCUGCCAAACAUAAUCGAUUAAGUUGUUGGUACCAUUCCUUAGUAUGCCAUAUGAACAGCCAUUAAAAGUAGUAACUACAACCUUUUUGUCAUGACAAAAUCUACAGUGACAAAAGGUGUUUGACUGAGGCCAUCUUUAUUGCCCUUGUUUAAAGGUACAUGGUUGGCACACAAGAAGUCUUCUAGGGCAUUCUAUGCUGGCACUUAGACUCACAGAUGUUGAGAGGGAUGAGGGCAUUGCUUUUACUUUUUUUCAUCCUUAUCACCAUCUAUCCAUUCAUUUAAGCAUGCCAUGAUUUCAUAAACAGCCCUGCUAGUAAGUCAGGGGCAAGGGAUUCGAACAGCAGCCUACCAGUUUCUUUGGCGGUAACUUGGCAUUCAAGCUUGUUAAGCACAGUGUUUGACAUUACUGGAUACAUCUAACAUAUGGGCAUCAGACUACCAUAAUUUAUAAAUGUUCAUGUCGAAUUAAUAUUUCGCACCUCAAGUGUUAACAAGCAUGAAUGCCAAGUGCAAUUCUCAAGGUACAUUUUAAAAUGUCAUUUGCAGCUGUUACCAUUUUUCAUAUAGUCUGCUGCUUGAGAGUUCAUCAGCAAGUUACGGAUGUAUAUUGCUUGGCUCUCUCGUGUAUAUGCCGCCAUCGUUAAGUGAUGUUCCAGUCACAUAAGAAAGGCUGACACUUUGACAGAGUGCAUUCUUAACCUCUGCAUCUUUUUAUGCUCAUCAUGUUUUCCUUACGACGUUUGCUGCAAAGAUUGGCGUUGCCUUUAGUUCUUAAGCAACUCUUUACAAGUGUCUGCAGUGGCUCAGUUUUGUUAUUUGUGCUAUUGUUGCAGCUGUUGUCUUGCCUAGUAGUGUAUUAGUGUGUGUAUGUGCAUGUGCAUGCAUUUAUCUGCCAGACUGCACAUUUGCGAAGCACUUGUCAUGAAAAGCAUUCAGGGCAGGGUGAUCUCUCAACGACGUUAAUGAUGCACAUUAAGCAAUGAUGGCAGAAGAAUGCAAGUUUUGUUGCAUGAAAAGUCAUGCAACAGGUACAUCUGAGCAGAUUGUGCAGUUCCCACGAGCCAAACAACUGUAAUUCAAAGUACAGGCUCAGAGUCCUCCAAGAUUUCACUCUGCAAGCAUUGAAACACAGCAAUGCAAAACCGUACUUGACAUGAUGUGCUCUUCCAAGGAACUCAGCUCAGUGAAUGGCACUUAGCUGUACCACUUUACAGAGAAGUUUAUUCUGCUUUUUGCUAGAUGACUUCCAAGAAACUACAAUGCCUCCAAGGUGUAAAUAUUGGCAUAGCGCUGUUCUAUUUCAUGAUAAAAAAAAAUUUAUGAAUCUUAUCUUUCCUGUAAGACAGCGACAGUCCUUGACAUUGUUCAUCUUGUACAGAGAACAUCUUCAACAUAAGUUAUAAAAACUGUUAAUAUACCAGCAUCACUUUGUGACAGUGGCCUUGGUUAUCUUGAUUAAGGAGCAACCAUUGCAGUGAGAAUGGCAUUGUGGGGCUUAGUUCUGUCACUUCAGCAACGGGUGCAGCAAUGGGUGCUGCAUUGGCCAGAUGCGACCAGUCUGAUGGGCGAGCGAUGCAGCAUGUGGGUAUGCUAUGCAGUCGUUUAGUUUUCAUUGUAGCAUGAAGUAGUGUUGCUCCCUGGUCAGUUCAUCUCUUGUUACUGAAUGAGCCAUUUUUGUUUUUAUUUAAGGCCCGAGUAUUUGUUAUACACCUACAAGAAUUUUUAAAUUAUAUAUACAAGUGGUUCCUGUUUUUUUGAACCCAAAUUGUUUUUAUUUCAUAACGACGUAUAUUGCCAAAGGGUAUUUAGAGCAAAAUGUCUAAAUUCAAAAUUGCCAAAGUUUUAAUUUUACACAGAGUACACCACUGCCAUUUUAGUUUACCAUUGUUAGGUUUUUUUCCCCCCCCCCGUCUAUGUUAUAUGUCACUCUCAUGAUUUUAUGUUGUUGUGAGUGUUCAAAAUGAAGUGCAUUCUUUUGUACAGAGCUGUAAAUAGGAAGUAUACCACAUUAUCAGAUUAGAAUCAUGCAAAUGCAUAACAUAUUCACUAAGAGUAUUGACAACUACAUGAAAUGCAGAUACAUGUGUGGUCGUUAUACAUGAAGUUUUCCAAUAAAUGGUACUUUAUUGUCUGA